AUGCAGAUGGUGCUGGAGGAACGAGACCUGUGGGAAGUCGUCAGCGGCGAGAUCAAGGCGGAACAGUGCGUGACUCAGUUGGACCAAGCGGCGUACAAGAGGAAGUCAAGGAAGGUGAUGGCAGUGAUCUGUCUAGCCAUGGAAGAUUCCCAGCUACCGUUUGUCCGGUCGGCAAGUGGUGCAUGCGACGCAUGA